AUGAAAACCAGAGGAACUCUCAAAAAGAAGGCAACCAUUGCACUCAUCUCUCAAGUAGAACUAAAGAAAGUUGAUGAAGCACUAAAAGACUCCAGCUGGAUACAAACUAUGCAGGACGAAUUUGAACAAUUCAACAAGAAUCAGGUCUGGGAACUAGUACCUAAGCCAGCAAAUGCUACUGUAGUUGGAACAAAGUGGGUAUUCAGAAACAAGCUAAAUGAAGAAGGAAAGGUAGUUAGAAACAAAGCCAAAUUAGUAGCUCAAGGCAGCUCACAACAAGAAGAAGUCGACUAUGAUAAAACCAUUGCACCGAUAGCACG